AUGGCCAGGAAACGAAAAACCCGCGCUACAGAAGCUCCCGAGGAGCCUGAACUUGUACAGAAAACUGAGCCCGAACCCCAGUCGGAGCCCGAACAUCCCCAACCCGAUGGAACCAUGGAAGACGAAGGCCCGGAAGCGGAAGAUGAAGCGGCCAAGGAAGAAGAAAAAGAGCUGGAAGUUGAGAGAGACGGCGAAGAGGAGCAACCGGACAUGCCGGAGGAUAAAAACGAAGCCGUUGUCGACCAGAUGGUGAACGGGCUAGCUAGUGAAAUUACUGAAAAGCCCUCCGAGAACACCGUUUCGGAGGACGGCCAAGGACAGAAGGAGGUGGAGGAAUUGGAAUUGGAGGAGGAGCCUAUGGAGAAGCUUCUCGAGCCCUUUUCCAAGGACCAGCUGACUCUUCUGAUCAAAGAAGCGGUGGCCAAACACCCGGAUCAGCCUCAGAAGGUAAUCGAUGGUCGAUUGGCUUCAUGCCAGCUGGCAUCCGCCGGGCCCAUUCAAGGCUCAGCUCCAGCUUCCAUGGCUGCUGUAUCAGGCCCGCCCGUGUCUGAGUACACCCAGAGGAAGAUUUACGUGAGCAACGUGUCGGCCGAGAUCGAUCCUAGUAAGCUUCUGGAGUUCUUCUCCAAAUUCGGGGAGAUUGAGGAAGGGCCUCUUGGUUUGGACAAACAGACUGGGAAACCCAGAGGGUUCUGCCUGUUUGUUUAUAAGAAUCUCGAGAGCGCAAGAAAAGCUCUGGAGGACCCAUAUAAGAAUUUUGAGGGACAUUCUCUUCAUUGCCAGAGGGCGGUGGAUGGCCCCAAACACAGUAAGGGAAGUAACUCAAACCAGCAUUUUGGUCAGCCUUAUAAGCAGCAACAUUACCAAGGCCAUCAGGGGUAUUAUGGUCAUUCCUCAAAGAAGGGGAAAUAUGGUGGGAGCGGUGGUGGAGGUCAUGCGGGGGGACACUUGAUGGCCCCCAGUGGAGGACAACCGGGUAUUCCAGCUGCGGGUUUUAAUCAAGCAGUUGCUCCUGAGGCUAUUGGGCAGGCUGUAGCAGCUUUGUUGGCCACUCAAGGGGCGGGUUUGGGUUUUGGAAAUUUGCUCGGAGGGAUUGGAGCAGGAGUCAAUCCACAGGGAGCCCCGCUACCUAUGAUGAACAAUGCUGGUUAUGGAGGCCAGACUGGUGCUGGUGGCUAUGGGGGUCAACCUGGCAUGCAGGGAGGUUAUGGUGGCCAACAGCAGAUGGGUCAAGGUGGCUUCAGGCCGCAUCAGGGUGGUGCACCCUAUAUGGGCCACGGUCACUAG